AGACCGCGCCGUGCCAGGCAUUUAAGGGCCGAAGAGGUGCCGUUGUAUUGACAGGCCGGGGACGCGGAGAAGGACAAGGGGUUGAGCGGGGGGCUGCAAUGAAGCACUCCCUUCAAACGUAAGAGGUCGGGCAGCUACCAGCAUCAGGACGCAGGCACACGCAUGUCUGCCUCGAGGAAGAGGACGGUUGCAGUCGGGCUAAUUUCCACCCUGCUCGGUGUCCCUGCCGCUUACGCGGGAUGGGAAUGGGCGGAGAACACUCGCCUCCUUAACCAGAUCACACGCUCUUUCAUCAGCCCAGAACUGGGAGAAGCGCUGCAGAGUAUCAAGGGGGUAGUGACGGCGUUCGAGAGAGACCUUCGCACCGACGUAAAGUGGGAUUGGAAGAGAGAUCGGGUUCCCAACGCCUUGGUCAACCUUUUAGUUCUCAACACGGUCCACGAGAGAGCCGCGUCACUACAAGCCCCACCCAAGGCUGGGUUGAAGGCUAACCUUUUGCCGAGUGAUGAAGCUGUCGGUAAGGAGGCCGCGAGGUACAUGCGCUUUGCGAGCGCCGCGUACGGGAUAUUCAUGCUCAAGGGCGCUAACGUGAUGAGCUGGGACUCUGGAUGGCCUCCGGUGCACAAGUUCUCGGUCCUGGAGCUCAACAAGUGGUGCAUCACCAAGCACUGCGGCAUCCAGGACUCGGACCUGGUGAAGAUGAACACUUUGGGGGAGCGCGAACUCCACAUGCCGGCGUACGUGCUGACAGUCGACCACGCCACCGAAAGCGUUGUGCUGUCUAUCCGUGGUACAUUCUCCAUGCAGGACACGGUCACCGACUUGGUGUGCGAUAGCGCAGACUUCAUGGGAGGAUCAUGCCACCGCGGUCUGCGCCAGGGAGCGGAGAUGCUUCUGGCCGUUGCGAAGAGUGACGUGCUCCAACAACUCAACCGGCACAGGGGUUACCGGCUGGUGGUCACAGGUCACAGCCUCGGCGGAGGAGUCUCGAUACUGCUGACGAUGAUGCUCCUUCGUAGGAGGAGCGAGCUCGGUUUGGGCUCAACCCGCGUGCUCUGCUACGCCUUCGCGCCCCCGCCGGUUUUCGGCCCUCUCGAGAAACUCUCGGGAGAAACGCAAUGGGCGAUCCGAUCCUUCGUCUUCGGCAAUGACAUGGUCUCCAGGAUGUCUCUGGCCAGCGCGUACGAGCUGUUCCGCGACCUGAAGGAGGUGGAAAGAAUCGGCGCGAGCUUGCCGCAGCGUCUCGGUUACCUCGUCAACGAGCACCGUCCGCGGUUGUCAAUCCACGACGACGGCCUUGGCGACGUCCGGAUGCGAGUGGCCUAUCGCUACGCCACAAUCCUCCACCGAACACGCUCUCGGGGGGGCAACAACAAACGGGGGGGCUACCGUAGCAGCCAACGAGGCGCGGGGGGCAAGCGGGGCGCGGGCGCAACGAGCGUCCACCCGGUAGAGGACUUUGUUCGAAACAAGCUUGCAGAGGGGUUUACGGAGACUGGGGCGGCGAGGGGGGCUUACCAAAAACGCGACAGGGACGGCGGCGUUGGGCCAAGAAUGGCAUCCGAGGAUGCCUGGAGGACGGGCCGCGAGCUGGAAGUGCGCAAGUCUUCCUCCGAGCGCGGUGGGGGGGUUGAAGCGGACGGCGGGAGCGCAGAUCGGUACACGAGACUGUUGAUUCCUGGCACAAUUUACCACAUUAGAAAAUUGGGGCCGGAGAGCGCCGCCGCUGCCUCCGCUGGUGUGUGCUCUGAGAACCCCGUGGGCUUGAGGUCGAAGCUGUACUGGAUGGAGAGGCAGCAGCCGGAAGAGUUCGAAAGGCUUCUCAUGGUUGACACGGCCAUCGUGGACCACCUUCCUUUGGCCUACGAAGACGCUCUGCAUGCCCUGUACGGCGACGGGCUUCCUCGUAGAUGAAUAUUUUACUCGAAUAUUCGUUAGUUCAGUCGAGACGACGACCAAGUGGCCGCCAAAACGACGGUACGGUAGUCGCAGUCAGUAGCGUCUCGAGGAAGCGAGGCGCGCCCAGAGUUAUCGUCAAGGUCAGGUAGGUUGCUGAGCAAAGAUUUCUAUGAAUGCGAUUCCGCGAAUGAGUUCGCUACACAGGACGCCUGACAUAUCAGAAUUCAGCGGCUGCGGCACUGCUGUUGGGCCAAUAGGCACAAUGCGGGCACAUAUUUGUCCUUCGCGGCGUUAACACCUGUAGCGUGUGUACGGUAUGAAUAUGUUUGUUCACCCGUCCCCUUCGGACCAUUUAUAUGUCACAGAAGUGGGGAGUCCACUCAACAGGCGGGAUUAUAUGUAUGCGUUGUUUGAGUCUUGCGAGUUUUUACCUCGCGUGCACAGGUGUAAGUAUGUACAGGUCUGACGUCCCGCGGAUGGGUGUCUAGAGCAUCAUGACGGUGCGAUGGCGUGAAGACGGUGGUCUGUGUGUGUUAGAGGACAGAGCACAUAAUUUGAUCAAGCGACCUCGCGAUAAGGCGACAAGCUGGUUACGACAGUGGGCGGAGUGAGCUCAGGGAUUCGGGCUGGUAAAGGGGCGUUCAGGCACACGUGGAGGUAAUGGUGGGAUAUUCGCGAUGGAUCUUUACGAAGGUUGUGUGGUGGGUUGGGGGGGUGAUUGAUUUCCAGGUUUCAUCAAUCCGUUUGCGCCGCAGGCAAGGCAGAAAGACAUUGCCCUAUCUCGUUGCAGGUUAUGAGUAGUACUGAAGCCAGCACAUGUAUUGAACGCCAGGGGUUGUUGGUGACGGCAAGUGGUGGAGCACACCGCAGCAGGCGAUCGUCGACGAACGGCGGUGAUGUUAGUAACAGCACGACCAACACCGCUGCUUCGCUCUUAGCUACCGUAAGAGGCGGAGAGGAGAGAUGGCAUGUAUUCCCCCUUGACAGAUUUUCAAAACUCGAUUGCUCCACAACCAACCAAGCUUGUGCCAACACCGAAAGCGGUGGUAUUGGAAUCAUUUCGUCGACGGCUUUCCGUAGACCCAUCGGGCUCUUUAUGGUCCCCUUUGGUUACGGAGCAAUGGAGCUUUGGAAGUCGGUCUACAGGGGGUGCCAUCUAUCCGCCCUUUACGGGAUGUAGCCGACCCCAUGCAUGGGGUACCGUUGUGGGGCGCAUCCGUCAUCCUCCGUCUUCAGCGAUGCCUACAGUAGAAACCUGGACUUCCUCGGCUUUUUCUCGGUUAUCAGGACGUAUAUGUACAUCAUGUUUGUUGUGUCGUAUGGUGUUCCUUCCCCACCCUCAUGAAAACAUACAAAGAGAACGCCCACCGUGGUUUGCAUUAACAGGCACACACCCUCAACUCGUCCCGCAACGAACCGUAGAUACAUCCAUCUCUCUCAUUGCACAUCCGUGCGA